GUCAUCAAGGAGGUGGGAUUGUAUGCGUACGGUCUGUGGAGUGGAUUGACCUUCUCUGUGAGGCCUUCCCCUUCUGUCUCACCGACCUUGUUUUUUUUCAGACGGGGAUAAAGUGUUCGCUAGAAACUGUUAGCCGACUUGAACAUUUUAUAUAUUUUCUUUUAGCUGUUCCCAGACACGCUGUAUCAUGCCGGGUGUGGUAGAGAUACCGACCCUAGAUGAGCUGACUGUCGAGGAGGUGAACGUGUCCUCGUCUGUGCUGAAAGCCGCUGCCCACCACUAUGGCUCGCAGUGUGACAAGGCCAACAAAGAGUUCAUGUUGUGUAGGUGGGAGGAGAAGGACCCCAGGAAAUGCCUGGACGAGGGAAGGAAGGUCAAUGAGUGUGCACUGCAGUUCUUCAGGCAGAUUAAGGGGAACUGUGCAGAGUCCUUCACUGAAUACUGGACCUGUCUGGAUUACACCAACCUGGCAGAACUGCGCCAGUGUCGCAAACAGCAGAAUGAGUUUGACAACUGUGUGCUGCAGAAACUGGGCUGGGAACGGCCUGAGUUGGGUGAACUGUCCAAGGUGACCAAGGUGCAGACCUCUAGACCUGUGCCUGAGAAUGCGUACCAUUCGAGGCCCAGACCCGAGCCAAACCCCGUGAUCGAGGGCGAGCUUCAGCCAGCCAAACACGGCAGCCGUCUCUUCUUCUGGAGCUGGUGAAGCCCUGACCUGCCCUGCCACGCCCGACCCCACCAUUCCUGCUGUCAAGUUCUGCACGGCUACCCUUGAGUCUUCAUGGGCCAGAGAGUGCAUGACGCAGUUCCUGUUGUCUCAGACCAUUUCUGUAAUAUUAUUAUAGAAUAAAAUAUGAGUUUAAACUUUU